UUUUGGUUAGUGUGUGCAUUGAAUGGCCAGCCUUUCACUCUGCUUUUGCUUUGAUCGUUUGUCUAUUGAGAGGAUGAUAGGUUUCAGAAUAUCCUUGAUAAACCUGCUAAGGUUGUAUCUAAUAUUGUCUGAGGCCCACGGUGGAAGCUGCUUGGAUGCUGUUUGGCAGCCGCCAAGGCCGAACAUCAGUCAUCUGCGGGCCAUCAGUGACAAGCAAAGCCUCUUGGUGAGCUGGUUGGUAAACCACAGUGGCUUAGUGGGUGACUUUUAUGAGAUCCAGAUCGGCCGCACUGAAAACCACACCAUUAUUUACAAUAGAAAUGUAAGUGUAUUUUCCGCGGAUUCAGAUGAAUACACAUGGACAUGGACCUCUGAUCUGCCUCUAGAGUGUGUCGACCACUCGGUCAGGAUACGACAUUUCUACAAUCAGUCUGUCCCGAGUCCCUGGAGCAACUGGAUAACCAACUAUAAAACCCAGGCUAAGGAUAAGACCAAGAUCUUUCCGUUCCAGCGGGUGCUGAGAGAGGGUACCAGUGCUAUGUUCUGCUGUGUUCCCCCAAGUGGAGUCGAUAUUACCAGCAUGACCUUCAAUAACAGCAAUUACCCUCUGAUCAGCAUUGGAGCCAGAGUCAAGGCUAUUGCUGUAGACAACCUGACCAUCCCAAAAGGAAUCUUUAAAGUUUAUUCACUCAUAUGCACAGAUACAACAGGCGAGAGCCAUCCUGUCUGGAACUACAUCAGUUUUCCUCCCCAGAAGCCCAGAAACCUCAGCUGUGUGACCUCAGACAUGACAAAUGUCACAUGCACCUGGGAUUCAGGCAGGCAACGACACAAGCACGAUCGCAACAAGCAAACACACACUCUCUACAUAGAGAACCAAGCUCCCAUCAAAUGCAAGCCGUCGUCUUGUACUUUCCAGGCCAUCUCACAGUUGGAAGAAUACAACAAUGUGGUGGUUAAGGACCAGCUGGGAGAGGAGACAGAGAGCUACAGCUUCAACAUCUCUGACAGAGUGUUUCCUGUUGUGGAGUGGGAGCGAGUGAGCCCUGGGGUGACAGACACUACUCUGUCCUGGAUCGUACAGGGGAACUUGACUCAACUGAACCUCCUCUGUCAGGUCACCACAGACCCAGACAGCAGCACUGAGCUUAGCUGCCAUAGUGUGAGUGGUCUCUGCAAAGUCAAACUGGACCAUCUGCUUCCCAACACCCGCUACUCAACCAGGGUUCGCUGUUCCGCCAAUGGCAGGCUAUGGGGAAAAUGGACAGAGCCCAUGUCCUUCACAACCUAUUUUUUGGUUACCUUGGAUGUAUGGAGGCAAAUAAAACAGCUGUCCGACCCAAACAGUCGUCAACUUACUCUAUUAUGGACUCCACAUGUUCCUGGCUCAGCAGCCACGGUGAACAUCCAAGGCUACAUAGUUCAGUGGUUGCAGGAAGGCCAAAACUGGACAGAGUGGAAGGAGAGUAGACAAACUGAGGCAGAGGUCUCCAUUGGUCCAGGACAGUAUAAUUUCACUGUCCAGGCUGUUGUCCAAAUGGGCUCCACCCCACCUGCUCACAUCACCAUCCCACAGAGGGACGAUGGAGAAAUCCUCCCAGUGGAGAAACGGUUGAGCAGCAGCAAAGCUGCUGGUUUUAAUCUGUCCUGGGAAGAGCAGGACACUGCCACCUGUGGCUAUACUGUGGAGUGGUGCAUUCUGGGAAAUGUAGAGAAUUGUACUCUGCGAUGGAUGAAAGUGCCACAGGGAAACAACACAUUGUUCUUACCUGCGAGGAAUUUCAAAGCAGGUUGUGGGUAUACAUUUAAGAUCUAUGGAUGCAUUGCAAAUGAACACAGACUUCUGGAGAUACAGACCGGAUACUCACAAGAACUCAAUGCUGUACCGUCCCCGAGUCUGAUUGAACCUGUUCAGAGUACUUCCUCGUCUGUGACACUGGAGUGGCAUUACAAUGAGGAUGAUCCGGCUCAUCCUGCGUUCAUCACUGGGUACCUGGUUACAGUGCAGGAAGUAGGAUCUUAUACGCUCCCGGGUCAUGCUACAAAUCUGUUCAAUGUGUCAGUGGAACACCCUCGCAGGAAGUCUGUAACCAUAGAGAAUCUGCAGCAGAACCAAGAGUAUACUUUCUCUGUGAGUGCUCUCACUAAGGAGGGGCCUGGACAACCAGCCAGUAUCACAAUUAGGACCAGAAGCAACUACUCUCCUCACUUGGUCAAGAUACUGACUCCCAUCUUUUUACUGCUGGGCUGCACCAUUCUUCUGUGGCCUCAAAGAAAAAUUCUGACGAGUUGGCUGAAGGACAUAUUUGUUUAUCCUGCUGGUAUGAACAUCAACAUUCCUGAGUUAGACAGCUUCCUGCAUGAGACUAUUGAGAAGAUGCAGUCUCAGAAGGUGGAAGAGUGCAGCAGCUGUAACAUUGAGAUCUUGAAUAACAGACCUCCUCUGAAUGAAACAACCGCACGGAGCGACCCUGAACCCAGGAACACAGUGCCCUCUCCUGGUUCUCAGUCCUCUCCUUCAACCUUGCCACUCUCCUGUGUGCUACUCCACACAGAUUACUGUCCACAGUCAGUUACAGUGCUCUGGGGUAGGCCAGCCCUUCAACAAACAGCAUGCAUCACCAACAAGACUUAUUUUCAAACCAUGGAGAUGGGAGAUUGGUCUGAGGCACAAGUCAUGUUAAAUGAAACCAGUGCACCUUCUGAGAGUCUGCAAGAAUCAUGUAGUGUAAUAUAUGGUUAUAUAUCCAAUGAUACUUUAUAAAUAGACUAAGCCCAAAACUUAUAUAUCAUAUGUUUUACGUCUGACUCAAAAACAUAGAGGUCUCUCAAAUUUGACGUCCCUGUACUUGUUGGAACAGGUCACUCAGUAAGAGCAGAGAGCUCUACUGACAUUUUCUACAGUUAUGAUUCCCAUUUCCAGAAAAUUUGCACUUCAUCUCCUGACAUUUGUUAUAACUAAUCUUGUAUAGUCUCUCCUUGUGCACUUCCAAAGAAAUUAGAUCUUUGAAAGCCAGACUGUUUUAGUCAUUUCAAAGGCAUCCAAGGAACUUAGUGAGGUGUGUUCUCACAAGUGCAGCUUCAUCAAGAAACACACAGAACCGGUUAAUUAAAUUAGUACAUUAACAAUGUGUGAGUGUGAUCUUGGUUUUGCUCUGGGUAGAAAUC